UCUUGUUACUGCAGGAAAGUCAACGACGAUACAAAAUGGCUCCAAUAGGAAGUAGAGAGUCGAGCGUUCAGCGACAAAUUCAGCAGGAUUGGGCUAACAGAGAAUACAUAGAAGUAAUAACGAGCAGUAUUAAGAAAAUAGCAGAUUUCCUGAAUUCUUUUGAUAUGUCAUGUCGAUCAAGACUGGCCACACUGAAUGAAAAAUUAACAUCUCUUGAAAGGCGGAUAGAAUUUAUUGAAGCCAGGGUGACAAAAGGCGAGACUCUAACGUAACUGAAGCCCUGCUGGAUAAUUUGAUCACUAGAUAUUACACAUGUAGUAAGCAGUCAAAGGAAGCAUGCAGACUGCAAACAAUUAUUACAGACUCCACUACACAGACUAUACAACAAAUGUUAUGCAAUUAUACAAUGCAUUCUCCCCAAACAAAAUAUUCAUUAUGAUGAUUUACUUACAAGUAUAAGGCCGAUGCAUUUCAACAUUGAAUAUUGUAUUGUAUUGUAUUGUAUUAAUGUUUUCAUUUAUGUAGUCAGCAAAUCCUUCUUGUGCACAGUUUUUGUGUGUGGACAUUGUUUAACAAUUUCUUUAACGCAUUUAUUAUAUAACAGAUAUUGGUAAUCUGUGGCUAUCCGUGGGAGAAGGAAGGGGUUCAUCAGUUGACGGGUUAAAUAUUAAGUUGAGAGUUUUUGAGAUCAAUAACACUGCAAUUGCUAACAAAAUUUCUGCCUCAGUUUUGUUCAUACAGACCAUUAUAUAAUUUGUUUUUCAACAUUUUCUUCCU